CCGCCUCGCGGACCUGGGGUCCGCCUCCGCUGCGCGGAGGGCGUGGGCUCYCGGCUCCCGGAAGCGGCUGCCGCGGCGCCUAGCCCAGCGGGCGUCAGUCCUCCGAGCUGCAAUGCGCGGUGCCGGGAGGCUGUGACCUGAGCGCCGCGGCCCAGCCGGGGCCCCUGAAUGGCGGCUCGUUGAGACGGCGGAGGCGGCUCUGGCUCCUCCGGGCGUGGCGUGGCGGCGGCCGGGGUGAUGCUGCUCAAGCUCUUGCAGAGACAGACCUAUACCUGCCUGUCCCACAGGUAUGGGCUCUACGUCUGUUUCGUGGGCGUCGUUGUCACCAUCGUCUCCGCCUUCCAGUUCGGAGAGGUGGUUCUGGAAUGGAGCCGGGAUCAAUACCACGUCCUGUUUGAUUCCUAUAGAGACAAUAUUGCUGGGAAGUCCUUUCAGAAACGGCUCUGUCUGCCCAUGCCAAUCGAUGUGGUUUACACCUGGGUGAAUGGCACAGAUCUUGAACUACUGAAAGAACUGCAACAGGUCAGAGAACAGAUGGAGGAGGAACAGAAAGCAAUGAGAGAAAUCCUUGGGAAGAACACAACAGAACCAACAAAGAAGAGUGAGAAGCAGUUGGAGUGUCUGCUGACGCACUGCAUCAAGGUGCCAAUGCUCAUCCUGGACCCGCCCCUGCCGGCCAACAGCACCUUAAAGGACCUACCAUCUCUUUAUCCUUCUUUUCAUUCUGCCAGCGAUAUAUUCAACAUUGCAAAACCAAAAAACCCUUCUACUAAUGUCUCAGUGGUUGUUUUUGAAAGCACUAAGGAUGUUGAAGAUGCCCAUGCCGGAGUGUUUAAAGGAAAUAGCAGACAGACAGUUUGGAGAGGCUACUUGACAACAGAUAAAGAAGUCCCUGGGUUAGUGCUGAUGCAAGAUUUGGCUUUCCUGAGUGGAUUUCCACCAACAUUCAAGGAAACAAGUCAACUGAAAACAAAACUGCCAGAAAAUCUUUCUUCUAAAAUAAAACUGUUGCAGUUGUAUUCAGAGGCUAGUGUGGCCCUUCUAAAACUGAAUAAUCCCAAGGGUUUCCAAGAACUAAAUAAGCAAACUAAGAAGAAUAUGACCAUCGAUGGGAAAGAACUGACCAUAAGUCCUGCAUAUUUAUUAUGGGAUCUGAGUGCCRUCAGCCAGUCCAAGCAGGACGAGGAUGUUUCUGCCAGCCGAUUUGAAGAUAAUGAAGAGCUGAGGUACUCGUUGCGGUCCAUYGAGAGGCAUGCACCGUGGGUUCGGAAUAUUUUCAUUGUCACCAACGGGCAGAUUCCAUCCUGGUUGAACCUUGACAAUCCUCGAGUGAAAAUAGUGACACACCAGGAUGUUUUUCGAAAUUUGAGCCACUUGCCUACCUUUAGUUCACCUGCUAUUGAAAGUCACAUUCAUCGCAUCGAAGGACUGUCUCAGAAAUUUAUUUACCUAAAUGAUGAYGUCAUGUUUGGGAAGGAUGUCUGGCCAGAUGAUUUCUAUAGUCACUCCAAGGGUCAAAAGGUUUAUUUGACAUGGCCUGUGCCAAACUGUGCCGAGGGCUGCCCAGGUUCCUGGAUUAAAGAUGGCUAUUGUGACAAGGCUUGUAAUAAUUCAGCCUGUGACUGGGAUGGUGGUGAUUGUACUGGUAACAAUGGAGGGAGUCGCUAUGUUGCAGGAGGCGGAGGUACUGGGAGCAUUGGUGUUGGACAGCCCUGGCAGUUUGGUGGAGGACUAAACAGCGUCUCUUACUGUAAUCAAGGAUGUGCAAAUUCCUGGCUCGCUGAUAAGUUCUGUGACCAAGCCUGUAACGUCUUGUCUUGUGGCUUUGAUGCUGGUGACUGUGGGCAAGAUCAUUUUCAUGAAUUAUAUAAAGUAACUCUUCUUCCAAACCAGACUCACUAUAUUAUUCCAAAAGGUGAACACCUGCCUUAUUUCAGCUUUGCAGAAAUAGCCAAAAGAGGAGUAGAAGGUGCCUAUAGUGACAACCCCAUAAUUCGACAUGCUUCUAUUGCCAAUAAGUGGAAAACCAUCCACCUCAUAAUGCACAGUGGAAUGAAUGCAACUACAAUACAUUUUAACAUCACAUUUCAAAACACAAAUGAUGAAGAGUUCAAAAUCCAGCUAACAGUAGAUGUGGAUACAAGGGARGGACCCAAGGUGAAUGCUACAACCCAGAAGUCUUAUGAAAAUUUGGAUAGCCCCAUAACACCUCUUCCAGAGGCAGAAAUCCUUUUUGAGGAUAUUCCUGAAGAAAAACGCUUCCCAAAGGUCAAGAGACAUGAUGUUAACACAACAGGAAGAUUCCAAGAGGAGGUGAAAGUUCCCUUGGUAAAUAUUUCACUCCUCCCAAAAGAGGCCCARUUGAGUCUCAGCAACUUGGACUUGCAGCUGGAACAAGGAGACAUCACUUUGAAAGGAUACAAUUUGUCCAAAAUAGCCUUGCUGAGAUCAUUUCUGGUGAACUUACAGGAUGAUAAAGUAAAAAAUCAAGCUACUCUAACAGAUGAAAUAAAUGACAGUUUGGAGGUCCCAACAGAAAAACUGGCUCAUGAAAGCCUAGGAAGAUCACACAKGUCGACUUUUCCAUCAGGGACAGUAAAAAUGAACUACCAGGGUCAGAAUCCACCACUGCUCUUAGAGACCAAAGCAAGAUUUAAAUUGGAAACUMAGACCCAAAAUGGGAAUGUGUCUAAAGGAAAGCUUUCAUCUCUGAUUAUUCCACUGGAAAUCCAUGUGACAAAAGAAAAGGAAAUCACAGGGAAAGAAGAAGAACAAAACAGAAUGGAGGAAGAUGCUAAAGAUCACCUAGAUGUUAAUGAGGUUUUUCCUGGAAGAAAGCUGCAGCAUUUCAUAGGAACUCAUCUGGGCUUUUUGCCUUGGGAGAAAAAAAAGUAUUUCCAAGAUCUUCUUGAUGAAGAAGAGUCAUUGAAGACACAAUUGGCAUACUUUACUGAUAGCAAACAUACUGGGAGGCAACUAAAAGAUACAUUUGCAGAUUCACUCCGAUAUGUAAAUAAAAUUUUAAACAGCAAGUUUGGAUUCACAUCUCGGAAAGUCCCUGCACACAUGCCUCACAUGAUUGACCGAAUUGUUAUGCAAGAACUGCAGGAUAUGUUCCCUGAAGAAUUUGACAAGACGUCGUUUCACAAAGUGCGUCAUUCAGAGGACAUGCAAUUUGCCUUCUCUUAUUUUUAUUAUCUCAUGAGUGCAGUUCAGCCACUGAAUAUAUCACAAGUCUUUGAUGAAGUUGAUACAGACCAAUCUGGUGUCCUAUCUGACAGAGAAAUCCGAACACUGGCUACCAGAAUUCAUGAUCUUCCUUUAAGUUURCAGGAUUUGACAGGUCUUGAACAUAUGUUAAUAAAUUGCUCAAAAGCACUACCUGCUAAUGUCACUCAGCUAAACCACAUUCCCCCAACUCAGGAAGCAUACUAUGACCCCAAUCUGCCACCGGUCACUAAAAAUCUAGUAACCAAUUGUAAACCAGUAACUGACAAAAUCCACAAAGCAUAUAAGGACAAAAACAAAUAUAGGUUUGAAAUAAUGGGAGAAGAAGAGAUUGCUUUCAAAAUGAUUCGUACCAAUGUUUCUCAUGUGGUUGGCCAGUUGGAUGACAUAAGAAAAAACCCCAGGAAGUUUGUUUGCCUAAAUGACAACAUUGAUCACAAUCAUAAAGAUGCCCAGACAGUGAAGGCCGUUCUCAGGGACUUCUAUGAAUCCAUGUUUCCCAUACCUUCCCAAUUUGAGCUGCCAAGAGAAUACCGAAACCGUUUCCUUCAUAUGCAUGAGCUGCAGGAAUGGAGGGCAUAUCGAGAUAAGUUGAAGUUUUGGACCCAUUGUGUACUAGCUACUUUGAUUAUAUUUACUGUGUUCUCGUUUUUUGCUGAACAGUUAAUUGCUCUUAAGCGGAAGGUGUUUCCCAGGAGGAGGAUAAACAAAGAAGCCAGUCCCGAUCGAAUCAGGGUCUAGAAGAUCUUCAUUUGAAUAUCACCUACCUCAGAAUUUACUGAGCAUUUUGAAACUCAGCAUCACUGAAGUGUCUUUGUGAUGUGAUGUGCAGCCAGCGUGGCCCAAAGAAGGGAAAAUAUUCAGAACCAUACUGUGCUGUGGCAUGAAUAUAGCCCACUGCCCAGGAAUUAUUUAAUCAAUUCCAAAAACUUAGAUGUGGAACAGCUCUGAACUGAUUUUACUUCUAAAGCAUUUACUCAUGGACCUGUCAUCUUUUUAUGAAAACCCUCACGGAUACGCUGCUAAUUUCCAUCUGUAACCAUUGCAAGCUAAGGGAGAAGCCCAGGCCAGCUUGGGAGCAAUUGCUGAGAGACCCCCGUCUUUUCAUUCCAAAGCCUUUUUCUAUAGUUUUGCACUUUUGUUUUUCUUUUUUCCAUUUCUCAUUUUUCAGAUAAGUAGCUACUAAGCUAACWAGUUAUUCUUGCUUCUGAAAAAAGUGAAUCAAGAUGUCUAAACGUGAUUUUAUAGAUGCUAUUUAAAUAAUGUAGUUAAUAUCAUCUCUUAUUGGCAAUAUGCAAAUUAUUGAUUUUAUUAAUGUGUAAAGUGGUCUUAAACCACUAGUAACUACUGAAGAGCUCAGUGACUGACAUUGGAAAUACUUUGUACUUGUUUACUUUAGUCCCUAUGAAUACUGUGAUUUUGUGUGCAGGCCUAAUUACAAAGGGCUAGAGUUAAGUAGCAGUGCUACUUACCAGAUGUAAUUAUGUUUUGGAAAUGUACAUAUUCAAACAAAAGUGCCUCAUUUUAGAAAUGAGUAGUUCUGAUGGCACAGGCACAGUACCUUGGUGUCUAGUUUAAUACUCAUCAGUAUAUUCCAGUAGCUCUCUUUCUCUGAAUUGGUUUUGUAUAAAGCAAGGGUCAACAAACUUUUUCUGUAAAAGGCCAGAUAGUAAAUAAUUUCAGGACACAAAUGUCUCUAUCACAUAUUGUUCGUCAUUGUUUUUAUUUUUUUAAGCAGUCCUUUAAAACUGUAAACCCUGUGUUUAGCUUGCAGCUGUACAAGAACAGGCCAUAGGCCAACAUUGGCUAACCAUUGAGGAUUAGUAUUUUUUAUGUCUGGGGUAAACCCUGAAGUUUAGCCAUGUUUUGUUAUAUCAUUAUACAUUGGAUUUAGGGAAACCUAAUUCCAUGAGUCCUGUUUGAAAUUUGACAGGUAUUUUAGAUCAUGAUCUCAACAGUAUUCUUCCACAGUGGCACACAUUUUGUAAAAAGAACUUGAAAUGUAAAUACUGUGUUUGUGCUGUAAGAAUUAUGUAUUUCAACAACUGAAGUCUCCUAAAAAGUUA